AUGUUUUAUGGUACCAACGACGUCGGCAGGCCCGGUUACGCCCGUUAUUCUGAGAGCAGCACACCAACACACAGCCCACGGGGUAGUGACCGGUGCCGAACUAAUGAAACCUCGAGCGGAAUGGACCACUGGAGUUCGCCGAGGGGGAUUGCAGAUGAGGUGCCACCGAUUUUGGCCGGGAGUUUCUUCAGCGAUGCCGAGAUGAGGGAAAUGAACCGAGUUAUACCCGCAGCCAUGCCCCUUCUAGUAGAGGCAACAAGCGUCAGUUGGUUGGAUGCAAGUCCGGAAUCUUAUGGCGGCUCCACGACGGCGCAUCAUCCUCCUCCGGGGGCAACAUCAUCUUCGGUUGGGAGAUGCGCUGCCGCUACCCCAAGUAUUCCCUCACUUGCUGGUAGUUUACUGAGGAAGGAUGUACGCUUGAGAGGUUUGCAAAUGGACCGCCGUGGCUCCAACCAUCCAGUAGUGUCGUCCUCCACUGCUUCAGAUAGGACAAUGGUGGAUUAUGGAGUUUCCGCAGAAUGUAUACCCGUUCAACCCCCGUCCCACGUAAAUCAUGAGGAUAUAGAUGUUCUUUCGCUCUGGACCUCUGAUCAUGUUGCUGCAACUAGGACUCAUGUUCAACAACGCCCGUGUUCGCUACGCACAACGCCAUUGAGAGUCGAUCAGAAGGUGGGGGUGUCCAGCAGCCACAAUCUUCCAUGCAAAGGACUCGAAAGAGUUGCCAACUUGAGUGGUAACUUUGCUGUGAGGGAAGUAAUUGUGUCUCGUAAUAGCUAUGGGUCGUUACAAACUCGGUCGAGGAGUUGUCCAGUGACUUUUUGCGCUCGCACCAGCAGCCCUGCGGCCCGCAUAGUUCAAGCGCCUUCACCCUCCAAAUGUAUGCAGGAUGUUCCCAUAACCUUCAAUGGAAAGUCACAGGCGGCUGUAGACCCACAAAAGGCUGGUGAUGCGCUCAAACAGUACCGACUUGCCGUCGAGAACGUAAAAAAAAAGGGGUACGGCCGAAGCAUUCGUGAAAUAUUGGCCAAUCCAUGCGUAGAUGAUGAUGAGGAUGAAGAUGAAGAUGAAGAAGAAGGAGUACUUGACGGGUGUGAUGUGGGCGUAUAUGAACUUGAAGAACAGGAGGAGUAA